AUCAAGGGGUAACACGGAAGUAAGAGCUCGAUCAGACAACCGUUACAGUGAUUUAACGAAUUUACUUUAAAUUACUCGAUUGGAGAAGUGAAUUGUUACGGGCGGAUCACAAACGUCAACCAUGAAUUCCGGCGCAACUUAUAACAUGUUCUUCCUCAUCGUCAGCUGCGCUUUGUUCUUCGCGACAGCCAGCGUCGUACCACUGCAGGAAUCCGAAGAGGAACAGUCUGAGAACGCUCUAGUGAGUCGACCGGAGGCGGUUGACAUGGCUGACAUGGCCGCGCCCUGGGACCCCAUCACAGCGGCUGCACUACGCAAAUUGUUGCUUCAACUCGACGCCGAGGAAAGACUGACCCGGGUUGGACGUUCCUGGCCCCAGAAUGAAAGCCGAGGCUGGGGUGUGCGCGCUAUGGACGGGCGACUGGCGAGGCAGUGGCGCGCCGACAAGAGGCAGGUCCGCUUCCGUCAAUGCUACUUCAAUCCAAUCUCCUGCUUCCGCAAGUAAACAUCGCGACUAACCCUUCGCCCGCCUCCGAAUGACUUACGCUAUCCAUUGUUGUAAUUAAGAUUAAAUACAGAAAUUGUUUAUGAAAUUGAAAUAUUUCCCUGAAAACCCACUUCCCAAAUA